AUGCAAUGUUAUACUGAAGUGCUGCCUCCUUCGGGAGUCACGCAUGCUGUUUCUGCUGCAUUUACUUCGGCCACGGCAAAAAACCUCAUUGUGGUCAAGACAUCUCUCCUCCAGAUCUACACUCUGGUCGCCGAGACAUCCACUACUUUAAUACUAGAAAAUGACCAACAGGCGGAUGAUGAUGUCAAAAAUGAAGCUACAAAAUUGCAUUUGCACGCGGAAUAUGACCUUUACGGAACAGUGACUGAUAUAUCUCCCGUCAAAAUCCUCAAAUCAAGGAGCGGGGGAGAUGCUCUCCUCUUGUCGUUCAGAAAUGCGAAACUCAGUCUGAUUGAGUGGAACCCCGAGACACAAGGUAUUUCAACCAUGUCAAUUCACUAUUACGAAAAAGAAGAUAUCACGCUCAGCCCUUGGGUACCUGAUCUCAGUCAAUGUGAUAGCCAUCUCACCGUGGAUCCGAGUAGUCGGUGUGCUCUACUCAAUUUCGGAGUGCGGAAUAUCGCCAUUUUGCCUUUCCAUCAAGCUGGCGAUGACUUGGUCAUGGAUGAAUAUGACCCUGAUCUGGACAUGGAUGACUUGACUGAUCAGGAGGAGAACAAGAAGCCUUCCCAUACAGACAGCAAGAAGGCGGAGGGUGAUUUGAUCCAUCAGACUCCGUAUGCCGCUUCAUUCGUACUGCCAUUGACUGCUCUGGAUCCGACUCUAAUCCAUCCUAUUGGGCUGACAUUUUUGCAUGAGUAUCGAGAGCCCACAUUUGGCAUUCUCUAUUCGCCCAUCGCCACCUCAGCAGCUUUACUGGAAGAACGGAAAGAUGUCGUGGUGUAUUCCGUGUUUACGCUAGACUUGGAACAGCGUGCUUCCACGCCUCUGUUGUCUAUAGCAAAAUUACCAAGUGAUCUACUACACAUCAUGGCUCUCCCCGCUCCUGUCGGUGGCACCUUACUCAUCGGAUCCAACGAGAUGAUACACAUUGACCAGUCGGGCAAGGCUAGUGCAGUGGCAGUUAAUGAAUUUGCAAAGCAAGUCUCAGCAUUCCCCAUGGUAGAUCAAUCUGAUUUGGAGCUUCGACUAGAAGGCUCAGUCGUCGAGGUUAUCAACAAUGAGAGCGGCGAUAUACUUCUCACUCUAUCGACGGGCGAGCUAGUUCUGGUUCAUUUCAAGAUAGAUGGACGAUCGGUGUCGGGGUUCGUUGUAUUCCCGAUACCUGCCGUUUCGGGAGGUGACGUUGUCAGCGCUGUUGCUUCAUGUGCCGUCGCUCUCGGCUCUGGGAAGGUGUUCAUUGGCAGUGAGGAUGCCGAGUCGGUUCUUCUUGAUUGUUAUUUACCAUCAGCGGUAUCGAAGAAAAGCAGAGAUUAUGAUAGAGAUCAUUUUGAUGAAGAAAUGAACAACGAAGAGGAUGACGACAUGUACGAAGACGAUUUAUAUUCAUCAGCGCCGAAGGAAGCUGUCAAUAAAACCGUGUCGAAUGGCAGAAUCUCGGAUAAUUACACAUUCAAAGUCAUUGAUAGAUUGCUCAGUUUAGGACCUUUGCGUGCUGUCGCUGUGGGAAAACCCGCUAGCAGAGACUCUAACGCAGAGGACGCCCAGCAAAGCGUGGACGACUUGGAGCUUGCUGCAGCUUACGGUUCUGGCAGAGGUGGAGGAGUUGCUUUACUACAACGCACACUUCAUCUGGAUGAUGUUUUUACCCUAGGCGCCGAAUCUGCCGACUCUGUAUGGAACAUAACUACGAGCAACACAAAAUCCGGGCAUAACGAUUCUGGCGAAGAAAACCAGUCUUAUGUUAUUCUUACCAAGGCGAACUCACCGGAAAAUGAGGAAACACUCGUUUAUGCAGUCAAUGAACGCAACCUAGAACCAUUUAAUGCUCCGGAUGUUAACCCGAAUGGCGACCCUACCAUUGAUAUCGAUGUUCUUGCUGGAAAUAGCCGUGUUGUGCAGGUGCUGACAGGUGAAGUGAGGAUAUACGAUACAAAUCUCGGUAUGGCUCAAAUUUAUCCCGUCUGGGACGAGGAUGAGGGCGAUGAGCGAUUCGCCGUCAGUGCUAGUUUCGCAGACCACUAUCUGCUGAUUAUCAGAGACGACUCGUCUAUUCUUCUCCUUCACUCGGAUGAAAGCGGUGAUCUAGAUGAGUUAACUAAACCCGAGACUGUAUCUUCACAACCCUGGCUCUGCGGAUGUCUAUACACGGAUAGACAUAAUGUUUUUGGGCAGGGCAAUACGACAGAGACUACGUACAUGUUCUUACUUAAUUCAGAGUGCAAAUUAUUUAUGUUCAGUCUACCCACUGUGGAACUUGUUUCUGUGACAGAAGGAGUUGAUUAUGUAUCGUCCAUUCUUUCAUCAGACCCACCAACCAGGCGUCUCAACUCUCGCGAGACUAUCGCAGAGCUUCUGAUUGCAGACUUGGGCGAACUGCCAACGGUGUCUCCUUAUUUGAUCAUACGGACCGCUACCGAUGAUCUUAUCAUCUACAAGCCAUUCUGGGAGAAUAGCAAUGCAGAAAAAAGUGGUGGGAGCCUGAAAUAUAUAAAAGAGACAAAUCAUUUCCUACCAAAGGUAUCAUUGGAAGCAGCGUCAUCUGCCUCACAGCAAAGAACGCCAGGACUCCGUCGUCUGUCUGACCUAGGUGGUUAUGCCGCAGUUGUGAUGUCCGGAGCAUCUCCAAACUUGAUAGUCAGGACAUCAAAGAGCCUGCCUCAUGUGUAUAGUAUUCAAAGUGACUUCAUCCGCGGCAUCAGUGGCUUUAACGGUGCUGGAUGCAAGAAGGGUCUUGUAUAUGUUGACAAUGAGCGUCUUGUCCGAACUUGUCAAUUAUACAAUAACGCACAACUCGACUUUUCAUGGCCAAUUCGCAGGAUACCUCUGAAUGAACAAGUUGAUCAUCUGGCAUAUUCCACGGCAUCGGGGACAUAUGUUGUUGGUACAACUCAUGAGCAGGACUUCAAAUUGCCUGACGACGACGAAUUACAUCCUGAGUGGGCAACUGAGGAGAUAUCCCUACUACCCAAAGUCGCGUAUGGCUCUAUCAAGCUGAUCAAUCCAAAAACCUGGAAAGUAAUCGACAGCUAUACAUUUAGCCCCGCAGAACGCAUCACCGCCGUCGAAAACAUCAACCUCGAAAUAUCCGAAAAGACCGGCAAGCGAAAAGACAUGAUUGUCGUAGGUACCACAUAUGCCAAGGGUGAAGACAUUGCAGCCAGAGGAAACGUAUAUGUCUUCGAUGUGAUCGACGUCGUUCCUGACCCGGAUGAACCUGGAACGAAUCUCAAGCUCAAACUCAUUGGUGAGGAAUCCAUUAGAGGUGCUGUGACCGCAGUUUCCGGCAUAGGCGGUCAAGGAUUCAUGAUUGUUGCGCAAGGGCAGAAAUGUAUGGUGCGAGGGUUAAAGGAUGAUGGGAGCUUGUUGCCCGUGGCGUUUAUUGAUGUACAAUGCUACGUCAGCGUCAUCAAGGAGUUGAAGGGUACCGGAAUGUGUCUUAUUGGGGAUGCAUUUAAGGGGUUGUGGUUUACUGGAUACUCGGAGGAACCUUACAAAAUGACGCUCUUUGGCAAAGACCUGGAUGAACUGGAAGUGGUGACUGCUGAUUUCCUGCCUGAUGGCAAGAAACUUUAUAUCCUCGUUGCAGACGGUGACUGCAACCUAUAUGUUCUUCAGUAUGAUCCGGAGGACCCCAAAUCAUCAAAUGGCGACCGCCUUCUCAACCGCUGCAAAUUCCACAUGGGCCACUUCGCAUCCACCCUCACCCUCCUCCCCCGCACCGCCGUCUCCUCUGAACUUGCAGUCAUGUCCUCAGACUCAAUGGACAUAGACUCCUACACCCCCCUAUACCAAGCGCUCAUAACAACCCAGUCUGGAUCAAUGGCCCUCAUUACAUCUUUAUCUGAAGAAUCCUACCGACGAUUAACGGCUCUGCAGUCUCAGUUAAGCAAUACCCUUGAACACCCCUGUGGACUUAACCCGCGCGCCUAUCGGUCUGUGGAGAGUGAUGGCGUAGUGGGCAGGGGCAUGAUUGACGGGAAGUUGUUGAUGAGAUGGUUGGAUUUGAGUCGGUCACGGAAGCUUGAAAUCGCGGGCAGGGUGGGUGCGGACGAGUGGGAGAUUAGGGCUGAUUUGGAGGCUGUGUCGGGGGUGGGACUUGGGUACUUGUAG